GCUGCGGAGGGCCGAAGCCGCCCUAACGGCACGAGCUGCCGGGAUGGCCUCUAGCUUUAAGAAGCCCUCGCUGGGAGCCGCGUCCCAGAGGAAGAAAGCGAGUCCCAAGCUGGAGCUCACUGAGGACCAGAAGCAGGAGAUCCGGGAGGCCUUUGACCUGUUUGACACAGAUGGCAGCGGCAACAUAGAUGUUAAGGAGUUAAAGGUAGCCAUGAGAGCACUAGGGUUUGAACCAAAAAAAGAAGAGAUCAAGAAAAUGAUAUCAGAUAUUGAUAAGGAAGGAACAGGAAAAGUCAGUUUCAAUGACUUCUUGGUGGUGAUGACACAGAAAAUGGCUGAAAAAGAUUCCAAAGAGGAGAUUCUAAAAGCUUUCAAACUCUUUGAUGAUGAUGAAACUGGCAAAAUCUCUUUCAAAAACCUCAAACGUGUAGCCAAAGAACUGGGGGAAAAUCUCACAGAUGAAGAGCUGCAGGAAAUGAUUGAUGAAGCAGACAGAGAUGGAGAUGGCGAAGUGAAUGAGCAAGAAUUCUUGCGGAUCAUGAAGAAGACCAGCCUUUACUGAAACUGAAGUUUGUUUGUUUUUGCACGUAUGCAUAUAUGUGCCUCACUUUUUUUCCAGUCUUUUAUUUCUUUUGAGGUAACAAAUAAGUUAGGUCAAUAUUUUUUUCAAGUGGAUAAUCUUAAAUUCUUGUCUGUGUUACAGUUACCAACGGCUAAACUGUUUACAUAUAGAAACACAGUUGCUUCUUUGUGCUUGUAAGAUUUUAUAUUGUUAUGAUUUAGAUACACAAAUUGCAUUUUCAGUGACAGUAUUCAAAUUCUUAUUUGACUAAAAACCAUGUGUCAAAUGCUUAUGGCUUGGUUAAGAGAGGGCUCAAGACUAGAUAGUGUAAAUCUGUAUUUCCCACCAGCUGAAGUGGGAUUUUGGUCUAACGUCUUGGUUUGGACUCAGCUAAAGUAAAUUCUUUGUAUGAUGUGUUUGCGAAGAUCAGCUUUUUUUACUCUGUCUUAUGGAGAUUAUUCUCUUCCUCCUUUUUAAUAUGUUCUUUAAACUGAAAAAAGUAAGUAGAUAGAGUGGUACCACUUAGUUUACUGCUAUUCAAUUCACAAGUUCGAAGAAAUUUCUGAAAAAAAAGAGAAAGUUAUCAGUUCUGAUGAUUGAGGCUCUGUAUAUUUGGGGGAAUAUUCAGUGGCUUGUAUUUAAAAUAAAGUUUCUCAUU